GACCAGAAGUCGCGGUAACCACUGAUUUUGCUGCGCAAUUUUCUCACUGAAGUUUGGGAAAUGCAAGUUCUAGUCUUGCUAGUGGCUCUGCUGAGUGUGUGUUCUUGGACCACACUAAGUGUGGAUGGUGUGACCAUCUCUCUGAAUGGCGAGCCUAUUCCAAACAAUAACAUAUCAAGGAGAAGUGUGUACGACUUUGAGUUUGUGAAUUCAAAUGAUGAUUUCAACAGAGCUAUGAGGUGUCAGUCUGAACUGUCUGUCUCUGAAAUCCCUGCAGCUACUUAUGCAUGUCAUGUUGGUGGUGGAGAUAGUCCAGUCCCUUGUGCUUAUCCAGAAGAAGAGUACAUAGCGUUUACUGGUAGUAGUUGUUGUGUAACUCGAGGAUGGAGUGCAAGGAGACUACCUGAUGAAGGUGGUCGUAGAGUACACUACUUGUGGAGAAGGUCGGAAACUCCAGAGGAAGGAUAUAUCAACUGUCAUAUGAUUGGUGACAUUAACCCUGUAUUAGGACUGUACAUCCUCUACCCCAUCACUGAGGUAACUGCAGCUAUUGAGGUGGAGGCAGGAACAUUGACAUUCAGAGUGAGGUGUACCUCCACUGGUGGUAGAGCUCUCAACAUGGCCGUCUCUGGACCUAAUGGAUACAACUCUGACAUCAGUGCAAACAUACAGCCAGUGGGCACUCCAGAGUUUCUUAGUAAUGACGUCUACACUGCCAGGACUGAAAUUAUAUCCAGUAGCAGAGAUGGAGAUAUAUUCCAAUGUAAUGUCACUAGUGUC